GUGUGUGUGUGUGUCCUUAACUAACACACUUUUGUGCAAAGUAACAAAAUGCCAUUUAAACCAAGAUAAGUAUGUAUCUUAUAACCUGAUGACUCAUCGUUUCCGAGGGAAUUCCUCGAUCUGUUUCGAGAAGAGCUUACGCUCGUGAUAACGCAAGGGCGCCCGUUUUGCUGAAUGGCUUCGUAAGUUGUCUAUUCGAUGUUUUGAUGAUAUUGUCACUUUCUACUGAAGUUUAGAUUUCAUAUUUCUACUCCAGGAUGGUGCCACCAAACAUUCACUUACACACCCACACACGGACGCACGAACACAAACACAGACACACAUAUAUAUACACAACAUAUUUCCGUUAUACUUCUGAUUUCUUUCUCCAAAGAUGAAUGUUGAAUAUGAAAUGAAAACUCUGGCUAUACAUACGUUUAAGAUAUCUAAUUCAGGCAGAUUCAAUUCCUUAUUCAAAUUCUAGUUUCAGAAAAUCUAUGCGAUAUCGUGUUUCACUUCCGCUCAUAAUCUUAUCAGUAACUUAUCAGUGACAAAGAAUCCCCAGGUUAUACGGUUAUCAGCAAGACUACACCAUUCCCAGGAGGCAUAAUAAACCUAACGGCGGGCAUUACCAGUACUGCACUAACAUCCGCUGCACCAUGACGUCGAUAUCUUGUCUUCUGAUAAUCUGCAUCUCAGCCAUGAAUUACGCCCCUUCGGCUGCUUUCUGCCUCCACUACAUGUCCUGCUACAACGAGGCCUUCUUAGUCUACGACAAAUUCGAAAUUCACCACGAGGACCACGAGGUGAGGUCGGCCUCUGUCUGCGCGGGACUGUGUCUGCGGGAAGACCCAGAGACGCCUAUGGUCUUUGUGACAGUGAUCAAGAUGAACGAGCGCCUCGUGUGUGGCUGUGGUGACGAGGCUGCCCUCGGGAACCGCUCGGGUACGCUGAACGAUUUCUACUGCAAAAAAUGCCCCGACAGCGAAGAGAAGUGCGGCGGCAUGGGCUCCAUCAGCGUGUACUUUAUAGUGCACAAGGAAGACGAGUGUGGUGAGCCAGGAACGACCGCGCGACAAACAACAACUCCUACGACUUCCACUGCUACUACAAAGACUAUUACAAAGGAACCAACACAGCCAUCGACCCAGGAAGACUUACUUCUCUUAGGCUGCUACAGAGACAGCGUAACACAGGUGGAACUCGCUUACCUGAGCGACCCAGAGGCAACUGUAAACGCCUGUGCUGCAACCUGCAACAGGACUUACCCUGAGAAGGAAAUGUAUAUGGUUAAAUACAAUGGGACUGGCCUACUUUGCGGAUGUGGGCACGAGUCAUCCCUCAGUGAGUCAUCUCAAGCUCCAGAGUCCGAGUGUGACUUUCGCUGCGGUGACUCAUCCCUUCCCUGCGGCGGGAUAGACUCCUUCAGCGCCUACAGGAACACAGGCUGGGCCGCUCGGAUGCCGUGGUCACUUAUUCUGUUCCUUGCUGCUGUUUUGACGAUCAGUCGUUAAUUUUUUUCUUCAAAUUUUAAAUAUAUUUGAUGUUUUUGUUUUCAUCAUUCCAUUAUUGUUAGUUUUAUUAUUGUCAGUAUUAUUGUCAUUAUUAUCAUCAUAAUCUA